AUGAGAGUGUCAAUAUGGACCCUCAGGACCAUUUUAUUUCCAGAAAUGAAAGCCACACUCGCGCUCCUCGUUGUUCUCGCCGUCGGAGUCGCUAAUACAUCUGCUCUAGCUAUCGACAAACGGAAUGUGCUCCCAUUCAACGUCUAUCCUACACCUGCCCUCACAGCUGCAAUCGAACUGAGUAAACGCGCAGUUGAACCUCCUUUCAACAUUUAUCCUACCCAUGCCCCCGAGGCCGCCGAGGGUGUGAAGGAACGCAGCGGAGUCCUCCCUUUCAAUAUAUAUCCGUCUCUUGCUCCCGAAGAGGCUCCCGAUGUCGAGGAACGCGGCAACGUUGGGUUAGCCCCCGAGGCAACUCCCCACGGCGAAGUUAACAUCCUCCCAUUCAAUGUUUAUCCGACGCUUGCCCCUGAGACAACUCCUCGCGUCGAAGAACGUGGCAACGUUGGGAUAGCCCCUAAAGCAGCUCCCCACGACGAAGUUAACAUCCUCCCAUUCAAUGUCUAUCCGACGCUUGCCCCUGAGACAACCCCUCGCGUCGCAGGACGCGGCAACAUUGGCAUUCUUCCGUUCAACGUCUACCCAACUCUCGCUCCGGAGGCUACUCCGGACCUUGAAGAACGCUGCCUUCCGUUCAAUAUCUAUCCUACGCUUGCACCCGAGGCCACUCCAGUCGGCGAUAAACGCGCCCCUACGCUCGUUCGCAAAGCGCAGGGAUGUUAA